UUUUUUCACAUAGUUACAGAGGAUUUGCUUCGAAAGAGAGCCGAACACAACAACUGUGAGAUCUUUUCACUCGAAGAAAUCUCACUACAUCAACAAGAAAUUGAGAGGUGAUCCUAACUCCAGCUUGCAUUUAAAUUUGCACCCAGCCUAAUUUCUCCAGCAUAAGAAGUUUCUAAAUUGUUAGCAUCGACAAAGCAUACAAAGAAUCUAUAUCAGGCUGUCCUUAAACAUUUGUUGAUUUUUAAAAUUUUUUUGGUAUCUUGUUUUGGAUCAAAAUCAGUGUCUGAGCGACUGUACGUGUACGUACCCCUUCCCUAACUCAACAUCCAACCUAACUUACGCAGCGAGGGGUAGGUGUGCGGUUGCUCUGAUACUGACAUUUAUCCUUUAAUUUUAAUAUUCCAAUCUCAAAUGAUUAAAUCUUAAUGUCUUCUCUACAAUCUAGAAUCAAUUUUCAAUUUUAAGCUAACUACAAUUAAAAUUCUAUAAUUUUAGAAUUUUUAUAGUCUCCUCAAUUAGAGUAAAACUGCUAGGUCUUAUUGACACUUGAAUAAAGAGUUAACCCUUUCACUCCCAAGAUCUAAUUAGUAAGUCUCCUUACUAUCUGCCAUAUAAUUCUUAUGAUGUUAGUUUAGAGAAUUUGGUAUUGGAUCAACUAAUAAUCCCAUAGUUGAUAUUCUUCUCCAUUCUCAUCACCUACCAACUUGAUAUUGUAUCAAUAUUAUAAGGAGAAAUUCUGUCUUAGUCACAUUGUGAGAGUGAAAGGGCUAACCAAAUUAAAAAGAGUAAAUCUCACAUCCUAAUCACUCAAAAAUUUGAGUUUUAUCUUGAACAAUUUAGAUCACUCUCAGGGAUGCAUUUAUAUUUUGGUAUUAAUGUUUUGCUACCGGCCAAUGACUCUUCCUUUAUUUUCCUUAAGGAUCGAGCUCCUUGAUAAACUGUGCAGAGAUCUGAAAAUUCUCUACUUACAGAGUAAUUUAAUACCAAAGAUAGGUAAGUUGUGUUGAGAGAAGAGUAUCCAUCAGGAGGAAUGAAGGUUCUAUCAAGAACUCAAAGAGAAACGGCCCCUUGGAGUUUUUCUUUUUCAAGAAUUUGUUUUUAGGGACAUGAAACAUUUUCCUUCCUAUUGCCUUCCUUUUUUCAGAAGUGGGUGGAUGGGAAAUGAAGCAUUUCUUAGGGGUGGCCUGUGGCCAGAGGGUUGAUUCUAUGUUGGGGAUUUUUCCUUGGGUCCAUUACUUGAAAAGUUUAACCCUUUAACCUUUAGAAUGACCAGUAUUUAAUUUCUCUCUACAGUAUCCCCCCUGAAUCAAACAUAAAGGUCAUAAGAGUGGAGAAAAUGAUCAUUAACUAAAGCUGCUCUUGAUUGUUUGAAAAAUUAUCCAUACCAGCUCCUUAAGAAAUGUAUGGAGAACAGUAUGGAGUAAUUAUGCACAAGGAUUUCAAAGCAAGCUGGUGACCAUCAGCUACUUGAUAACAUGUUGAUGGUUACUUUGGUCAAAAUAAUUACCUUUUGGCCCUUAAUGAACCUUUUACAGUCACCUAUUUUGUGAGAAUCUGACACUUACUUCAAAACAUUUUGAAAACCUGUAUGCAUACUGAUGUUAAGGUGUAGUCGAGAUUGAUAAGUAAUUCUACCAUGACUGCAGAUCAUGAGCUCAAAAUUUACCAUCUUCCUAGGUCUUUUACUAAAUUAAUUAUUACAGGCAAUUCAGAAAAAAAGUGUUUACUUUUGGUGAAGCAUUAUUUUGAUGUAUCAUCUCAUGAAGCAUUCUUAAGCAAGCUGUUAUUUUGGUUGAUCCCAUCUCUGAUUUCAUUUGAACAGUUUUGACUGAUCUCUAUAUCACUAACUUACUAUUUCUUUUAUUAAACCUGUGUAAUCCAGAGAAUGUUAGUAGACUGAAGAAGCUCGAAUACCUCAAUUUGGCAUUGAAUAAUGUUACAAGGGUUGAAAACCUAGAAGGUGAGAAAACUCAAUGUAUACAUGAAUUGAAGUACUGCAUAUCUGUUUUAAUUGUUAAUAUAAUGUUAGAUUCAGUUUUAAGUAUAGGUAUCAUUUACCUAUGUGAAUAAAUCUGUCCCACUGUUAAACAGUUGGCUGUGUUUAACUCUGUUCUCAGGGUGUGAGUCCUUGCAGAAGUUGGAUCUGACUGUCAAUUUCAUUGGAGAACUGACAAGUGUUGAAUCACUAAGAGGAAAUUACCACUUCAGAGAACUGUAAGGAUUUUCACGUUUGUUUUUGAAAUCAUUGUUAACCAAUAUUUUAAUUUGAGAAAAGAAUGUGGUAAACCAGUGUUAAUUAGAAAUGGCAAGAUGUUGGAUAUUCUUUCCAAUAGAACAAGCUCUUAAUAAUAUAGUGUGAGGAGAUACAUUGUCUUAGUUUGUCAAAUUUCAUUGAAACUACCCUGGUCAAAAUUGGUUUUUCUAAGAAUGAUCCAAUAAUUUUUAAACUUUGGUACAAACCCCUUGGUUCUGCUUUGGCCAUGUGAUUUACUUUGAUGCCUUGAGUUUAGGAAGUAAAACGUAAGGUUUGGGAAAAGGCUGGGAAAGUGACUAAUAUUUUUACACCCUAUUCUGUCUAAGCUCUGUAAUGCAUACUUUUUUGACAAGAUUUAUAGCAAAACAAUUAAUUACACUGGUUAUUUAAACCUGUAACUCCAAUAAGUGACCAAGACACAAUUUCUCCUUACAAUAUCAACACAGUAUCAAGCAAACAAGUGAUGAGAAUAAAGAAAAAUAUCAGUUAGAGGACUAUUAAUUAAUCUGAUACCAAAUUCUCAAAACUAACAUCACAAGAACUGUAUGGUAGACAGUAAAGAGAAUUACUGAUGAGAUCUUAGGAGUUAAAGGGUAAAGUAAGCUGGUCAUUGGAAUGUCGUUUGGUUUUUCUGGUCAGUUAUUUAACAGGAAAUCCCUGUACAGAGUAUGAGGGUUACAGAGAAUAUGUCAUAGCAACUUUGGAUAGUUUAAAAUGGCUGGAUGGAAAAGAGAUUGAUAAAUCUGAAAGGAUUUUAGCCAAACAGGUUAGUCAAUGAUAACAUUAUGAUAGCAAAUAGUUUUCACUUUUGAGAUAUUCACUUUUUUAGAAUGCUUAUUACAACUUGCCUUCUUAUAUGAAGUCAUACAAAAAUCUACUUGUGAAUGCAGAGAUACCAAUCUCUUGAGAUCUCAAAUCUGGAGAUUUUUUUUCGGACCAGCACCCCCUCCCAACAGAAUUUGACAAUGCAACCCCCCCUGGAAAAUUUUUUUUUAUUAUUUGAGCAAUUUCACAGGGAAAACGUGGAUCUAUCUGUCAGGGACUUCAAUUUGUUGAAUACUCAUCUAAUUAGGCUCUCGCUUAUAUAGUUGUUUGCAAUGAACAACAUGCAUUUUGCAAGAAAAUGAAGCCAGAAACUGAAAUACAAGUACAAGAAGCCAGUGAUUUUGGAAUUUUGGAACAUAUGAAGCUUAAAUCUUAGUUUUUUGUGGGCAACUGAUCCAAACUUCCUUUCAUCUGGGAGUUCUGGUCACCCAUACGGGAGAGUGGGAGAUUGGCUCUGUAUCUGGGUGACUCGCAGAUAAUCCAGAAGAGUUGGCAUAAUUAUGUGAUGGAUCCAUUUUAAAAAUUUUAAUAAAUUAAAUAUACAAUGUGACUCCCAAUGAAGAGAACUCAUGGUAGCUUGAACAUAUCAAUGUUUGAGUUUAUUUAAUGACCUCUUUUCUUUUUGUAGGAUUAUGAGAACAUUAGAAACAAGAUCGUUAGUCAACAAUCUGACCAUGCAAAGAAAAGGGUAAAAUUGCUUAGUUCUUGUCUUUUUAAGCUAAAUAGAGAACACUUAAUAGUAGUAACCAAUUGUUUAGAGUGUUAACUUCACCAGUGGAUUAGAAUUUGUGGACGAGCCUCUUAAAUUUUUUAGUACCGUCAGCUUACAGACAAUGUCAUGUAACACAGAAAGCCUAUUAAUCAGUUUCCAUUUAUCAGACACAAAGUCAAUUCUACUUCUCUGAAAAAGAACUUUUAUACUUUUAGGUAAAGAUUAGUCCUUCCUGGGCCAAUUUCAAUGACAACAUUCCUUUUGUAUGGCUACCAUCAUAGGACCAUCACAGUCUGCAACUUACAGUCUGUCAACUGAUACAACUAGGCCAAAAUGAGAACUGUUUCUCCAAACUAGACUGCAUUUUAUUUAGCAGACCAGUUGAUAAAGUAAACUGUAGGAACCUUGGAGUUGUGGCUGAUUGAAUGAUCUGAUCUUCCAGAGGAGAGUAGUCCUAAGAAGAACCGUUGCCAGGGGUGGAUCCAGUAGUUUUUGAUGAUGGGGGAGGGGGGGGGAGGGGGUGUCUAAACUUUGGUUAAAAAAAGAAAAGAAUUAUAUUUGCUGUAAAUUAGUCCUCUAAUCCUGUAGUUGCAAUAAUUUUGUUGAAGUAACUUAAAAAGAAAAACUAGUAAAAACACAUAAGGGCCUGAUAACGAGGAGGUUCAGACCAACCCCUGGAUCCACCACAGUUUGCAGAUGACAGUGAUUCACCAAUCCUGCACUGAACUCUGCCAAAGACCUCCUCUUAGACUGUUGAAAUCUCAGUUGCUGUCACCAAUAUCAGUGCUUUUCGGGACUGCUCUCAUAUAUAUUCAUAAAAUAUAUUUCUUUCAGGAAAGAGAAAAACAGGAAGCAGCCAAAACAAAAACAGCUGAAAAAGAGUUACAGUCAGGCAAUGAAAAUCAAAAUGAUUGUAUCAGGUGAGGCCUUAGAUCAGGGUGUACAUGUAGAUUUUCAACCUCCUUUAUUUUCCUUUGAAUAGCUUGUUAACAGGCCUUCAUUGUAAGAGCUUCAGCAUGUAUGUUUCUUUGCUCACCGUAGAGUAUGAGGCCUUGAGUAAUGUGAGCAACCAAGAGGUGCUCAGCACAUUGCUGCAUCAGUGCAUUGCUGCACCAGUGCAUUGCCACACCAGAGCAUUGCUGCACCAGUGCAUUAUUGCCUGCAGCACCACAGUUUCCUUAGAAAGUUAACCCCUGUAUUCCUUUAGAACAGUUUUCUUUCUUUUCUGCAAUAUAUGAUCAACAUCUCCCACCCCACCCCACACAAGCAAAUGAGCUCAGAUAGUCAUGAAAACUAGAGGUAUUUCAAUUGUUUAUGUAUUUCUUGUUGCCUUUGAUUGAUGGUAAAUGCUGUCUUUACUCCCAGUGAAUCUAGUGAAGAAAAUCAAAGAAAAACCGAAAAGGAAGAAGAGGAAGAGGAGAAAAGGUCGGAUGAGUUUUUAAAGCAACAAACAUAUUUUAUAAGCCUGAAAAAAGGAUUCUAAAGAAUAUUUUCUUUGAAAAUCCUUGCAUUCCAAGCUUUUAACAGCCAUGAAAUCAGAUAAUGAUCAUGAUCAGCUCAUGUAAAAAGGGAAAAUAAUUAGGGUCUCAAAUAGUGGGAUAUAGCAUCAAAACUAUUCUGUUUCUAGUGGCUUUUAUGGUCAUAAGGUAAUUUUCAUUUUUUUACUAUGAACUAAAAUGAAAGGAAAUGAAACUCAAUGAUUAUAUACAUAAGACUUAAAACAGUUUAUGCUAAGAUGGAGGUCUACUGAAUAUUGUAAGUCUAAAGCCUAAAUGGCUCAUAUGGCGAACACUCUUAUGGUGACCUCUAUUCCAUCCCCUUUCCCCCACCCUCCCCUCCCCUCCCCAAGGUUAAGCAUAAUCAAAGUUUUUUUCCUGAUUUCAGAUUUUGGCAGGAGAAAACAGAUUUUACCCCAGAGUCCCGAAUAGAGUUGCAUCAACAUAUUGAGGAAAAGCGCAAGCAGAGGGAAAAGAUAGAUGAUGAGUGAGUGAAUAGAUUUUAAUUCCUGAAAAGUUCCAAAGCAAAUGCAACAUUAAGCAAACCUUCAUUACUUAGACUAGUUGUAUAAAGUUUAAUAUUUUGAAAUAAAGAAUUGAGAUGGAAGAGUGGCCAUGUUUAUAUGUUUUCUCUCUUUAAAGUCUACCGUACCUUUGCUUGUUUUAUAAUCAUUAACAUUUGAAUGUGUCAAUCAAUGUGAAGCUUGAACAUCUUCUCCUCUCCAAAUCCCCUAGGCAUUUGUACUUUUGAAGAUUGCUCUUUCAAAUUCCUGUCCUCAGGGGCCAACAUUGUGUUCAGUGCCCCACCCAUUGAACAAUUGUUUGUAUGAUCAAAGUAUUUUGUUACUACCCUUGAGUUUUUUGCUUGUAAGAAUCAUUGUAUGGAGUGAAAAUUGUCUUUCUGAACCAUUUACUCACCAAAGCAGACUCUUUACUUUUAAACUACCCCAACCAUUAAAGCAUGUGUAUUAUACUGGAAAAACUUGUCACUACCAGUUCAAAUGCCCCAUCCCAAAUGCCCAUGGGUUGCUGGAGGGGUGCAGGGGAUGUUGAAGCUUCAAAUUGAUUGGCAUGUUAUUUAAAAUGAAAAGCUUAAAUUUAUAACAGAAUGCAGUUGAGAGAUGUUUAUCAUGGAAUUUUCUUUUUUUUUAUUUUUAGGAGAAUUGGAAGAAAUAAGCCAGCCAAAGAAACAAGGUUCUUUGCCAGCGAUGGCCAUGUGUUGAAUAUAAACCAAGGAAAGUGAGUAAUUUUUUAUAUUCUCUGAGGUCAAAAUGUUGUAAAAACAUCAGUGACACUUUCAGUUACAUUUUGUGUACCACUCUGUUGUUGUUACCACAUAGUGGGAUCCAUUGCUGAACAGACGCAUGGCAAUGUGAAAUUUAUUUAGAUGGAAAUAGUAGAGAUGGUUAGAUGAUGGUAUUGAGAGAUGAUAUUGCGCAGUCAAUCAGAUAGCAGUAUCUGUGAUAGGAUGCUAGUACAUAUAUACCAAAAUGAGCUAGUAAGAUUUGCUCUACAUGGUGGUUGAAGAUCUUUGUAAAACCUCAAGAGAGCUUAAGUACUCAAAAUGUGAGCAUGAAAGCACUGUUUGAACAUGCUAUGGUGUAAGAUGUACGGUAAAAUAAUUGGAUCACUUUUCAAGACUUUCGAAUUUGUUAAUGAAUGUAUCCUUGUUGUAAAUUCUUUAGCUUACUAACAACCCCCAAGGUCUUACAGAUGUCUUUUUUUAAUUGUCUUUUUUUUUGGUAUGAGUUGACAUCUCCAUUUUUUUAGUUUAAAAAUUUGUGUUGAUUGUUUGGUGAUACAGAUGGGAUUUCCAGUUUGAUGAUGAUGAAGACAACAAUAGAUUUGUUUUGGAUUUACCUUGUUUUAGGUAAGUGUUGCAUGAUUUUAUAUUUAUAUAUUUUUGUCCUAUAUAUAAAUACUAGCAGAAGUAAUUUCAGUGCACAGGCUGAGUGGCUCACACCUCAAGAGCCUCUGCUCUUCACCACAACAUGAAAGGACUUCAAAGUCUACAGCCCUCAUCAAGUUUUCUGAAAACCCCAUUCCUCUCUCUGAAUGUCGCAUUAUUUGCACAUGUAAUUUUUUAAUUGCCAACAGUGAAAUAGGAGAAGGGGGAUCUGAGGUGGGAAAGUUGCAAGAAUUAUGGCAAAGAUUGUGGUAGUAUAAGUUCUUAGGCAGCUCAUUGUGACUAAAUAAAUAUAUUUUAUGUAAUGUAUUGUAGGUGUUGUGUUGUUAGUAAUGAAAUUUAUGUAAUGUACAUAAUAUAUGCCAUUGUCAAUAAAGAUUUGUAAAAAUUAAUUAAAUAAAAGAAAUACUUGGUUCUUGUGCGUGUGAUACAGUUGACCCUUCAUUAAGCAGCACUGUAUUGAGCAGACACCCUUUUAUUCCUUGUCUAACCCUUUAACUCCCAUAAGUGACCAAGAUAGAACUUCUCCUCACAAUAUCAAUACAAUAUCAAGCAGAAAAGUGAUGAGAAUAAGGAAAAAUAUCAGUUGGGGAUUAUAAGUUGAUCCAAUACCAAAUUCUCCAAACUAACAUCACAAGAACUGUAUGGCAGACAGUAAGGAGAAUUACUAAUGUGAUCAUGGGAGUUGAAGGGUUAACUCCUGAAAUCAACAUCAGCACUUUGAGUUCAAAUGUCCGAAACACAUAGCAAGUUAUAUUUCUUCGUUUGACUGUUAGGACAAAUAUUAUGCACUAUGUACAAUAUGCAAGUCAUUUUCUGGUCAACCUGUAUUAAAAGGUCAUUCCACCAUUCCCAUCGGUGACCUCCUAAUACAGGUUCGACUACAUAUUAUUUGUAAAAUCCUUAGUGGUCUGUCAAAGUAAACACUCUGCUUAUGUAUAAUCCAGCCCUCUUGAUUGAACAAGCUCAAUAAGGAAAUCAUUGUUGUGCAAUUUUUUCCCUUCGAGGCACCUGGACACAUCUCUUAUUGAUGUUGAUGUACAGCCCACUUAUGUGAGAGUAACAGUAAAAGGCAAGGUACCAAAAUAGAUAAUACAAGAAAGUUGAGCUGGAAAGAAUUAUAGUUUAUUUUUUCAUUCUUAAACCUGGGUGCUAACAAUAACGAGAAGAAAAGAACUUUUUAAUUGGCAGGAAUCCAGUGACCACACAAAACAUAUGAGAUGAUGGGAUUUACAAGAGUUUCACCAAUUGGAUUAAAAUUAUUUUGUUUCAUUUACUUAGUCAUCAAGGGUGUUUUAUGCCAUUCAAUGCAUAGGAAAACUGGAAAUUUGAGUUAGAAAAAACCAGUAUGUAUCAUUAACCACUCUAAAAAUGAUUUAUGUUUGUUGUUUGUAGCUAGCCCUGAGUGAGCUUUAAUUGAGUUUUGAACAACACAUCCAAGGUGGUAAUUUCUGUUAAAUGUGCACUUGGCCCUUAAGCAACCUGUCCAGUUGAACCUUAGAUUGAAAUUGGCUUUAUAGUCUGAGAUGAAAAACAUUUCAACACUCAUACAUCUACAAUCAAAAGUUGUAAAGACGUAAAACAAGUUCUGUAUCCCAAAAACUGGCUGAUCUUUCAUUAACUUUUAUUAUUAAUGAUGCACUAAAUUGUGAAGUAACUUAACUUUGGUUUUGUAGCAAGGAAAACUGGCCUCAUCACAUAGUGAAGGGCUAACUGGCCAUUAGAGCUAUAAUUAGUUCUUAACUGGGUACUAUUUGAAUGUCGUAAUUUUAUAAAAUGAUAUGAAAAUGAUUUUUAAACAAAUAACAUAAUUCUAAUGUAGGUUUUUCAACUGGCUCUGUCCGAGGAAGUUAACCCUGACUCAAGCUCAGCCAAGAGAUCUCAAACAACUGGUCAUCUGAUAAUUUCAAUGCCCAAGGUAUGUAACACUUCUGGCAAUAAACCUUAGCUUCAUUGGGCUCGAGUGUAAAAAAGGAAUUUUUGUUUUCUGUAUUUUUGGAUCCCCUUGCAAACAAACACAAACACAAUCACAGCUCCAAACAAUUUGUUGUCACUAUUGAUGGUACAUUCUGGUUACAUUAAAGGUGCAACAAGUUGUAAAGCCACUGAAGAAGACUUUACCAACCAAAAUUGAACCAAGUCCUAGUAGACAAAAGCAAGAAGCUCAGCCAUCAUCAGAUCCAAGUAAACAUAGCAGGUAUCACAACAGCUGGAGCCAAACUAAUUCUCAGGGUGAAAAAUUUAGCCGUGAUUAUGUCACUUUAAAAUCAACUGUUGAUUAAACAUUAAAACAGGCCAAACUCCUGACCAUAACUUUGUUUGAUAUUGACACCAAACCUUGAAGCCGAAGUUAAGUUGAUAAGGGUAGAACUUAUUCGAUUAACUCCCAGAAGUGAUCAACAUGUAACUUCUUCCCAUAAUAUUCAUACACUGUCCAGCAAACAGGUAAUGAGAAUACUCACACAUAUCAGGUUGAAGUUAUCUUGAUCUAACACCAAAUUCUCGUAACUAAUUUACAAGAAAAUGUGUAGCAGCUAGAGGGGAGAAUUGACAAUGAGAUCUUGGGAGUUAAUGAGUGAAUCAAUCAAGUGAAAUUUCAUGAACAUUCACAUCAAACUUCCUACUCUUUCAAAAUAAUAAAAUUCCUUAGCUCUCUCAAAGCUCUAUUUUUGACAUUUUCCAUGAGGUAUGGUGAAAAGUUGGUUCCAAAAUUAAGUAAUGGUUUUUGUUUUUACAGAACUCAUCAUGAACGAUUGGAAGUUGAACCCAAUAUUAACAGUGAUAUGGACUUCAGUAAGAUUGCAAACAAUAGCCAAGACAAAACCAAACAAAGAGAUUCUGGGAGAGUCAACACAUACUCAGAAUCAAAGGAGGAAAGUUUUGUUGAUGAUCCAGAUGUUCCACCUCUCAUAUGA